AUGACUCUUUCUGGAAGUUGCAUGUGCGGAGAGAUCGCAUACUCUAGCAGCAGUGAGUUCCAUGCUUACCGUAACUUCAACUUUACCCAGCUGUCUCCUAACACAAAAUAUCACACAGGCAAACCCAAGGUGACGGCUCUUUGCCACUGCGUGGAUUGUCAAAAGUGGACUGGCUCAGCAUAUACCUCAAACGCUGUGGUUCCCGAAGAUAGCUUUCAAGUCACGAAAGGUGAGGCUAAGUGGUACGAUACUAUCGGAGAGUCUGGGGGCAAGAACAGACACUUCUUUUGUUCCAACUGUGGUUCUAGCCUAUACGGAAAGCUCGAUAUCAUGCGUGGCGACAUCGUGAUCAAGGCAGGCUCAUUGGAUAACGGGGCUACACACCUGAACGGCAACAUUGGCGUUGAGUUCUACUGUAAAGACAGAGUGGGAUUUGUCGCUCAGCGAGAGGAGGCUAAGCAAUUGCCUCGAUUUAUUGGGUCGUCAUAA